CCCCCCGCGCCGCAGCCGCCGCAGCCCGAGCAUCCCGCGCCCCCGCUCGCCAUGGCCAAGGAAGGCGUGGAGAAGGCGGAGGAGACGGAGCAAAUGAUCGAGAAAGAAGCAGGCAAGGAGCCGGCGGAGGGCGGCGGCGGCUCCCACCGACUCGGGGACGCCCAGGAGAUGCGCGCCGUGGUGCUGGCCGGCUUCGGGGGGCUUAACAAGCUGCGGGUCACCAGGAAGGCCAUGCCCGAGCCACAGGACGGCGAGCUCAAGAUCCGCGUCAAAGCCUGUGGUUUGAACUUCAUUGACUUGAUGGUGCGACAAGGGAAUAUUGACAACCCUCCCAAGACGCCCCUGGUGCCAGGAUUUGAGUGUUCUGGGAUUGUUGAAGCUCUGGGGGACAGCGUGAAGGGAUACGAGAUCGGGGACCGUGUCAUGGCCUUUGUCAAUUACAACGCCUGGGCAGAGGUGGUCUGCACGCCAGUGGAAUUUGUCUACAAGAUCCCAGAUGACAUGAGCUUCUCCGAGGCUGCUGCAUUCCCCAUGAACUUCGUCACAGCCUACAUGAUGCUCUUUGAAGUUGCCAACCUCCGGGAGGGGAUGUCUGUGCUCGUGCACUCAGCCGGUGGCGGCGUGGGCCAAGCUGUGGCUCAGCUGUGCUCCACUAUCCCCAAUGUGACUGUCUUUGGAACAGCUUCUACUUUCAAGCAUGAAGCAAUCAAAGACUCCGUGACCCACCUGUUUGACAGAAACGCAGACUAUGUGCAAGAAGUGAAAAGAAUCUCUGCUGAAGGAGUGGACAUUGUUUUGGAUUGCCUCUGUGGGGACAACACUGGAAAAGGUCUCAGCCUUCUGAAACCACUGGGGACCUACAUUUUAUAUGGUUCGUCCAACAUGGUGACUGGAGAGACCAAGAGCUUCUUUAGCUUUGCAAAAUCAUGGUGGCAGGUGGAGAAAGUGAACCCCAUCAAGCUGUAUGAAGAGAACAAAGUCAUCGCUGGGUUUUCCCUUUUAAAUCUGCUCUUCAAACAGGGCCGCGCAGGCCUCAUUCGAGGAGUGGUGGACAAACUCAUCAGCCUCUACACCCAGAAGAAGAUCAAGCCCGUGGUGGACUCCCUGUGGGCCCUGGAGGAGGUGAAGGAGGCCAUGCAGCGGAUCCACGACCGAGGGAACAUCGGCAAGUUAAUUCUGGAUGUCGAGAAGACCCCGACUCCACUGAUGGCCAACGACAGCACAGAGACCAGCGAGGCGGGAGAAGAGGAGGAGGACCACGAGGGUGACAGCGAGAACAAGGAACGGAUGCCCUUCAUCCAGUGACCCAGGACCCAGGCAGGAGAAUGUGAAGGAUGGUUUGGAAGAAGAGGAGCCAGCUGAGAACGCUCUUCUGUGCCCCAGUGAACAAAUGCUGUAGUCCAGUGCGUGUCGUGUUUGUCUGCAGUCAGCUGAGCUAAAAAGCUGUUAAUCACCGUUGUUUUUGAAAUUAAGUGCCAGUCCCAUUCCAUGCAGUAUUAUGUCCCGCCCCCAUCUGUGUAUUACACUCUCCCUUCUCCCUUCUUUCAAAACCAUCCAUCUUUGGGUCCUUCUUGACAGUUCUAGAACAGCCUCGAAAAUGAAUACAAGCCCACAGGCCCAAUGCCUAAGAGACCAGACAUGGGCAAAGGCAAGUUUGGAUUGGAAGGUGUUGUCACAAAGCACUGUCCAGGUCCUAGAAUUCUUCAGGCCAAUGAUACUUUUUGCUGCCAGUCACCCACACUUCUGACAAGAGCGCUUGCCAAUUUGGCUGGCAGAAAGAGGGUAGGCCAGAAGAUGUUUUCAUGAACCCAUAAAUUUAGGACCUCUCCACCACAGUAGUACUUUCUCUCUCCCCAUUUAAGAGGCAACUUCCUUACAUUCAUUCAGUUGCUUCAUGGUCCGAAGGUUGAACCACUCUCCUCUCGCCCUCUGAUGUUUGAUCCCUUCAUUGGUUCUUAUCCAUAAACACAGGGAAACAGAUGUGGAAUUUUUAGGGUAGAACGUGGGUCAACAGCAUGAGUUUGAGGACCAGCCACAGAGAUGUCUCCUCUGAAAUCACAUCUCAUGAGCAAGCUCCUCCCCUUGCCUAUAUAUUUUAUUUUAAUUUUAAGAAAACUCACUGCGUCUGGGACUAUUUCAGAAGUCAUUACCAAGACUCACCUAUGUUUGCACACUUGCCAUUGGCAUUGCCAAUUUUGCUAUUUUCAUUUCUUGGUAGUGAGCAGCCACCUUUACCGAGGAUCCCCCAAGGAAGACCUCCCUUGUAGAGCAUAUUUAGGAAAAAAUCAAUGAGUAUCUUUCUUCUUGCCAAAGCAUGUUCCAACAUGUAACAAACUCUAUCGACACAAAAGGUUGAUGUUCAGUAUCUGAGGCCAAAUGCGUAGUUCCUCUCCUCCAAAACAUGAAAUUAUGGUGCAGACUCUGCAGGGCCUCUGCCUUUUUGGAAAUCAGGGACUGAACUACCUGAUUACAUACCUUGCCCAAUUUUCCAUUUCCUAUAUGCCUAAGAAACCCCACCCCAUUUGACAUAGCUUAAAGUGAACAGUUUCCCUGCAGGAAGAGAGAGAGUCUCACUGUCUCCACAAGAGGAUUCCUCAUUCCAUCUUCCCAGUUCUUUUGACCCAAAGGGUUGACUCCAUCACUCACAAACCAAGCUGGAGACUGAAGGAGCCCACAUAAUUAGCAUUCCAACUCACUUUGCAUUCUGGAAGACAUCGGAGGAUUCCUGCAUUGCCCAGUCUCUCCACCAAUGAGCCUUAGGGUAGACCCAACUCCCCCCAGGUGAUGGGAAUGAGUGCAUUUCAGCAAUUACCUGUUUUAUUUCCAAAAUCCUUUUGUAACAAAUGUCACCUCACUAAUCAUGUUCUUUUUUCCUAUCCUAAGCUUGUGAUGAUGACUUAUUUAUGCCAAAUAUUUAUCUGAAGAGAGUUUCUCCUUGUUGUGAAUGUACGUGUAAAAUAUGAAGAUGAGAAAGGGUGCUGCCAUCUGAUGAGCAGAGAGAUGAGAGUAUCUUGAAAGAAGACACCAAUAUCAUUUCUCUUCCUACCCCAGGACUCACCAAUAUUCCAAUUCUGGGCCAUUUAGAGAGAUAAUGUAGAGGUUUUAUCCCCCCAACCCCUUCAAUAAAUGCUGUAUUAUUGUUCAUGUUUCUCCCAUAACCAAGCUGAAAAUGGGAUCUUAAGAAGAACCGCAACUCAAGUAACAUUGCUGGUGAGCUGGACAGAAAUGACAUUUUCUAGGGCUAGGGGAGCAAAGAGCCACUGGGUGUAUCUGGGCUCUCCUCUGCCAGGGGCGUGGGAACUCAACAAUCAGAAUCCAGAAGGCCUUUUUAUGUCCAGAGGAGAAGCAUGGAAAGUCGUUCCUCCCUACAUCUGUUUUCUCGGCUAGCAAAUUUCAUACAAUAAUCACAAAUGAUGCCAAACCUUUUUGUCUCCUCAGAAUACAGAAUGAGAAGAGAAAACUAGAGUUUGACCAAUAAGAUCAAUUUAUGCUAUGAAGAAUAGGGAAAAAAAAUCAAAAUUAACUGUUUGAUG